AGGACUGAAAUGCAACUGCGGAAGCAACAUGCAACCUUUUAAAGAUGCUUGUGGGACUGCGUAAAGUGAAGAGGGAAACUGGAGAAAACAAUGAAGUAAGGAAAAAAUUGAAUAGGGAAAACCUGCUUUCUGCAAACAACUGAAAAGGCUGCACUUAGAAACUGUUUCAUCGAGAAGCCGGAACUUGUAUUGUGAGGCCCCUGAUGGGACAAGCUCUCAGCUGCUGAUCACCCAGUGAUUGUCACCAUGGCCAGCAAGAGGAAAUCCACCACACCAUGCAUGAUCCCAGUGAAGACGGUGGUGGUGCAGGAUGCCAGCAUGGAGGCCCAGCCCGCUGAGACCUUGCCUGAAGGACCUCAGCAGGAUCUGCCCCCAGAAGCACCUGUUGCCAGCAGUGAGGCAGCACAGAACCCCAGCAGUACUGAUGGCUCUGCACUGGCCAAUGGGCAUCGGAGCACUUUAGAUGGCUAUUUAUAUUCCUGUAAAUACUGCGAUUUCAGAUCCCAUGAUAUGACUCAAUUUGUGGGACAUAUAAACUCAGAGCACACAGACUUUAAUAAAGACCCAACUUUUGUAUGCAGUGGGUGCAGUUUUCUGGCAAAAACCCCUGAGGGGCUUUCCUUGCACAAUGCCACGUGUCACUCCGGGGAAGCCAGCUUUGUGUGGAAUGUGGCCAAGCCAGACAAUCAUGUGGUUGUGGAGCAGAGCGUCCCUGAGAGCACCAGCACUCCUGACUUAGCAGGUGAGCCCAGUGCCGAAGGGGCCGAUGGACAGGCAGAAAUCAUCAUUACCAAAACUCCAAUCAUGAAGAUAAUGAAAGGCAAAGCUGAAGCCAAAAAAAUUCAUACACUCAAGGAGAAUGUCCCUAGCCAGCCUGUGGGUGAGGCCUUACCAAAGCUGUCGACUGGAGAAAUGGAGGUGAGAGAGGGGGACCAUUCCUUCAUCAAUGGGGCAGUUCCAGUCAGCCAGGCAUCUGCCAGCUCUGCAAAAAACCCCCAUGCUGCCAACGGGCCCCUGAUAGGAACAGUGCCAGUUUUGCCAGCUGGCAUAGCACAGUUCCUCUCCCUCCAGCAGCAGCCCCCAGUGCAUACCCAACACCAUGCCCACCAGCCACUGCCCACAGCCAAGGCCCUUCCCAAAGUGAUGAUCCCCCUGAGCAGCAUUCCAACGUACAAUGCAGCCAUGGACUCUAACAGCUUCCUGAAGAACUCCUUCCACAAGUUCCCCUACCCCACCAAAGCCGAGCUCUGCUAUUUGACUGUGGUGACCAAGUAUCCAGAAGAACAGCUCAAGAUCUGGUUCACAGCCCAAAGGCUGAAGCAGGGGAUCAGCUGGUCCCCUGAGGAGAUUGAGGAUGCCCGGAAAAAGAUGUUCAAUACAGUCAUCCAGUCUGUGCCUCAGCCCACAAUUACGGUUCUAAAUACCCCACUCGUCGCCAGUGCUGGCAAUGUACAGCAUCUCAUCCAGGCCGCUCUCCCAGGUCAUGUUGUGGGGCAGCCAGAGGGUACAGGAGGGGGACUUCUGGUCACUCAGCCAUUGAUGGCCAAUGGGUUGCAAGCAACAAGUUCCUCUCUGCCCCUCACGGUGACAUCUGUGCCCAAGCAGCCAGGUGUGGCACCCAUUAACACUGUGUGUUCAAAUACAACGUCAGCUGUGAAGGUGGUCAAUGCGGCCCAGUCGCUCCUCACGGCCUGUCCCAGUAUAACUUCCCAAGCCUUCCUUGAUGCUAGCAUGUACAAAAACAAGAAAUCUCAUGAACAGCUGUCAGCUCUGAAAGGGAGCUUUUGUCGGAACCAGUUCCCAGGGCAGAGCGAAGUUGAGCAUCUCACCAAAGUGACGGGCCUCAGUACCAGAGAGGUGCGGAAAUGGUUCAGUGACCGUAGAUACCACUGCCGGAACUUGAAGGGCUCCAGAGUGAUGAUGCCUGGAGAUCACAGCUCCAUGAUCAUUGACUCUGUACCAGAGGUGUCCUUCUCCCCAUCGUCCAAGGUCCCUGAGGUAACCUGCAUCCCGACAACAGCCACACUAGCAACCCACACUUCUGCCAAACGACAAUCUUGGCACCAGACUCCUGACUUCACACCAACCAAAUACAAGGAGAGAGCCCCUGAGCAGCUCAGAGCCCUGGAGAGCAGUUUUGCACAAAACCCUCUUCCUCUUGAUGAGGAACUGGACCGCCUGAGAAGUGAAACCAAAAUGACCCGACGAGAAAUUGAUAGCUGGUUUUCAGAGAGACGGAAAAAAGUGAAUGCUGAGGAGACCAAGAAGGCCGAGGAGAAUGCCUCUCAGGAGGAAGAGGAGGCUGUUGAGGAUGAGGGUGGAGAAGAGGAUUUGGCCAGUGAGCUAAGGGUCUCUGGUGAAAAUGGCUCUCUGGAAAUGCCCAGCAGUCAUAUGUUGGCAGAGCGCAAAGUCAGCCCCAUUAAAAUCAACCUGAAGAACCUGCGGGUCACUGAAGCCAAUGGCAGGAACGAGAUUCCAGGGCUGGGUGCCUGUGACCCUGAGGAUGAUGGGUCAAACAAACUGGCAGAGCAGCUCCCAGGCAAAGUGAGCUGCAAAAAGACUGCCCAGCAGCGGCACUUGCUGCGGCAGCUCUUUGUCCAGACACAGUGGCCAAGCAACCAGGACUAUGACUCCAUCAUGGCCCAGACGGGUCUGCCGCGGCCAGAGGUGGUGCGCUGGUUUGGAGACAGCAGGUACGCACUGAAGAAUGGCCAACUCAAGUGGUACGAAGACUAUAAGCGAGGCAACUUUCCACCAGGUCUACUGGUCAUUGCCCCUGGCAACCGGGAGCUCCUGCAGGACUAUUACAUAACACACAAGAUGCUGUAUGAAGAGGACCUGCAGAACCUCUGUGACAAGACUCAGAUGAGCUCCCAGCAAGUCAAGCAGUGGUUUGCUGAGAAAAUGGGGGAGGAGACCAGAGCCGUGGCAGACACAGGCAGUGAGGACCAGGGCCCUGGUACUGGUGAGCUCACAGCAGUUCACAAAGGGAUGGGUGACACCUAUUCAGAGAUGUCUGAGAACAGUGAGUCGUGGGAGCCCAGUGUCCCUGAGGCCAACUCAGAGCCCUUUGACACAUCGAGUCCCCAGGCUGGACGUCAGCUCGAAACAGACUGAAUUUGGUCUGAUUAAUGUGAAGGACUGGCCAGUCUGGGAAACCGCCUGCCACGUGGAAGAGCCAAACCCAACUCUCUGCUGCCACAUGCUGUUCCCAUGCCUGGUUGCUGAGCACCUGGGAGAGCUUCCGGAGUCCUCGCUGACAGCCCAGAGCCUGCCGCUACCCUCGGCCUGUCCACCACCAAGCAAGCAGCAAGCAAGAUGGGGUUCUCAUCAGUUCUUCCUCCCACAAUGUAGGACCUUUCCUUUACCUUCCAAUGGAUAAAAUAGUUCAGAUUUCAUAGUCAUAUUCAUAGACACAGAAUCAAGCUUUUAACAUACACAUCCACCUCUAUAUGUUAAAUAAAACAUCAGAUUAUCAACACUGUCAUUACAUAGAAACUUUGGUUAGCCAAGCAGUGCAUUGUCAUUUAUGUCAUCUCUAAAAAUGACCUGUGUCUGUUCUCUGGGGAUUGCUGGGUCACAGAUGCCCCUCACCUUCCACAGUCAGACAGGGAGGUUAUAGACACAAAGCUACAUCUGGAAUCCCUUUGUGCCCCCUUUGUGUUCCUCAAUGAAGCAAUACCUUUGAAGAGAUCUCUGCUGCAUUAAAUGGUGACUGGCUACCUUUCAUGCCAGGCUUGCUUUGCCUGUGGGCUACUCAGAACCUGCUGUAACCCUCAGCUCAGAAAAUGGACUGGUAAUGUGAGUAGUGUUGGAUGCUUUACCGCUCUCUUUAGUUGUUACUGUAAUUCUGCUUUUUCAUGGGAGUUUGAAUCGUGGACCAUAACUUUUCAGUUAUCAGAUCAACUAAAGAAACAUUUGUUGUUAAGCCUAAUGUGCUGACCUAUGUGCCUGCAUUUUUUUUUUUUUUAUCUAGACAUGUUUGGAGUGAGAGAAAUAUGGAAAAAAGAAAUGGGGUAGGGAUGUAAGUGGAAGUCUGUAGCCACAGCCUGUAGAUUUGACCUCUGCAGUUUUCAGAGCCCUUUCUCCACACUCAUUUCAGAGCCUCCUAUGGUUUGGGAAGGAAUAACACACUGGCCCAUUAGUAAGGGUGAAGGCUGGAGGGAUUUGUUGACUUCUUGGAAUUAUCAGAGAUAGGGUGGUCUUUAGCACAAAGACUUGCAGGCAGGGAUCCCUGGCAGAACACCCAGAAUGCCCCUGGCUCCCACCCUGGUCUGGCUGGUGUGCUGGAUGCCCGCCCGAGGGUGCUGGGCAUCACUGGUCCUUGUGAGGAUGCUUUUAAACUUCUAUAUGUAUAUCCCCAAACUUGGAAACAAGAACUCUACUUUAGCCUAACCCUCAUGUCCUUUUUUGAAUUGAGAAAAUUACAGGAAAGGGUGCCUUUGAAAAUUAGAAAACUUGCUUACAGAGCUGUACUAAAUGGUAAAUCCUCAAUUUCCCCAAGACCGGUUGCUCUGAGAGUAGCUGGUAAAGAGGGGCGAACUAAAAACCUGUCCACCUGUAGCUCCACUCACGUCUUAGAAACCACCUGCUUCCCAGAGUGCCAAGCCACAGGUACCAGGCUUCGUGGGCACAGAUGCCUCCUGGGCUGGACUGGGUGACAGUGCUAGAAGACCCCACAGAGAGGGCAAGGGCUUUGGGCAAGAAGCACUGGUGGUGGUUCAGGGACUGUCCUCCCCCACCCAGGGAACUGGACCUGGCAGGGCACCGUGCUUAUGUGGCUCCAAGGACAAGCAUGGCGGUGGCCCCUCUGCCUUCUAGGAGAGGGCUGGCUUUGGAAACCAAAAUCGUGUUCUUCUAAAGUGUCAUCUUCCGCCCUCCCUGUCCCAAUAGGGACCACAUCUUAUUUGUCUCAAACAGGGACUUGUGAAUACUUGGCAAGUUUCGCAGCCUAUUUUUGUAUUCUUAAUUUGGGGAGUGAAGAUUUUUGGUCUCAAAAACCUUUGAGGAAUUGCCAAGAAUGGCGAGUGAUUGCUUUCCUUCAGAGAACAGACACUUGGAAUUUCUCCUUUUAAUGUUUAUAUACAUGCAGAUUAAUUUAUAUAUAUAUACACACACACACAGUAUAAAUACUCAUUUGAUUCUCAUGUGCAUCUGGCAUGUGCAGUUGAGAAACUUGGUGGCACAUGGGUAUUGGGGAAGUAGCCUGUGUUGGAGGGGCACCAGUGCACUAGGCGUCUGGGGUGGCCCAGGCCGAAGCCAUCUCCAGGUGUCUGAGAAACCACCCAGUGCCUCACCUCCAGAUCCUGCUGGCAUCACCUCCAGAGCCCUGCAUGCACUGGCUGAAGUUGGUCUAUGGAGAGGAUUUUCUUGGUUACUUGUAUUCACAGUUAACUUACAAACCAAACAGCAAAACACAGUUGGUGGACAAGUUCAUGCAGGACCUAGAGUGACCCAGCCAUGGGCACUAGCUCAUCUUUCAGGUGGAAAAGUACAGUGCUGCCUGCCCUGGUAUGUUUUUCUUACAGAUGUUAGCCCUGCCCAACAGCCAGGGCUACACCACAAAAGGCAAGAAUGCCCAUGUUAAGGAGCCCAGCAGUCUGGACAGAUCCUUCUUCCUCUGCUCUUGGAUGAGAGUGAGUGAGUAUGGUCUGGACCUUAUCCUUGAAAGGUGAUCAAAAGCGAUGAUGAGGGAGGCAUCACCACGCAGGUGCUUAAAGGGACAUUGUAGGAGGUACUCAAGGGUUUGGGGGCAAAACCCUGAAUGCAGCCAAUCGUGCACAGAGACACACCCAUGCUAGCCCAGUGGCAGUGGGGGAUGUGGGAUGGCAGCAGCCAGGUAUGUAGCUCUGUCACAGGACAGCUCAUUGUGGUUUUGCACACUGCCAAGGGUUAACUUUUGUUGUUGCCUUCAGUAGAAGGCAUCUGUGGGCUGCAGAGUUGAGAGGUGGGUGAGGUUAGUCUCUCCUGAAGAAAAAGCCUAUAAAAAGUGGCUAAUCUUAUCCGUUUUCUCUGUAUGCAGUUGGACUCGUCAGAGAUAGUAAAAUCAUCUUUUAUUGUUUUUUGUUGUUGUUGCUGAUGUCCUGUACCUGUUUUUUACAUGGGGUUGUAGAUCCAGUUCUCAUAGGUGAACCAGAUCAUCAUUCUGAUAAAGGAAAUUUAAAUUUGAUACAUGUGCUUUGUAUAUUUUGAUUACUUGUUUUCAUUUUUGACUAUAAAGAAGCUUUUUUAUUUUGGGAGGGGAGGAGUAUCAUUUCUGAGAAUCUUGGGUUCCUGAAAACGCCCUAGUUGGAUGGCUUGCCAGGGCCUUGAGGUCUGGCAGUGAUUGUACAACUUAAAGCUCCUUUCUCUUGGCUGAGUGACAGGCAGCUGUUCAGGUGGACCAAAGCACCUUGACAAGGACUCCACACUCUGCUCUCUAGUAGCACAAGGAGGAAGUUGGACAGAACAUUGGGUAGUGCCUUGUGGGCUCCCACAUGUACUAGUGGUCUCAUCUCCAGCUGGCCUUGGGAGGCUGUCCCACCAGGAAAUUUGUAUAUUCUCUAGCCUGAGAUGUGGUCCUUGUGGGUUUUAUCCUGCUCAGUCAGUGGCCUAGUGGCAGGUGCUGUGUUCUCUCCCUCUCCCUCCUGGCUCUGGGACAUCUGUCCCUGGCUGCCUUUUAUAGAGGAAGGACACUGGCCUUUCUGGUUGGAUGCUGUGUGGAUGUUCUUUGCUUGAGCCUCAUAGUCUCUGGUCUUGUCUCUUCUUGGACCAGUAUCCUCAGACUGGUGCAGCUUUUUCAGUUCAGAUAUCACACCCCAAGUGGAUAAAGGCAACUUGCAGGAGAGGAGAGCCAGCCAAGAAGAAAAUUUUAAAACCAAACCUAGUCUGGGAUUUUCCGAAAGUCACGUCCUCUUUUUUCUUGCUCAGAGUUUACCUGGGAGAUUUCACCAGUUUGACUCACCGUUUGCAGAAGACGUGCUUUUGUAUUAAGCUUAAAUUUUCACAUAUCACAUCCAUUCUCAAGGUAGUUAUAUGCUGGCGAAGAAAAAUCCUGUAGACACAUGAAGGCCCACAUAGUCACCUCUUCCAGGGCAAAGCCAGCAGCCCACCCAGGUCAAGUAGCCAGCAGGGCUCAGUUCCCCGCACUCCAGACAUGGACCCUCCCCUUCAGGGUCUCUUGACCCAGCUUCCUUCUCUCCUUUUCCCUGAGAGCACAGACCUCUCUCACUCAGCCAGCCUGCCCAGACCACAGGGGGCCGUUCCCAUGUAGCUUGGGGAGUACUUGGUCUCUGAAAGGCUUCAAUGUCUGAGCAAGCAGGGAGUUGUGGAGCUCAAGCCUUUCUUCUGUGCUCAAGUCCCUUCCCCAAGCAAGGCUUCAACCUAAUCUACUCACCAUGUAGUUUUCUCUGGCCAUUUAAAUGGGGCAGGGACAUGGUUGGGCCAUGCCACACCAGGGCUGGUGAGGCAACCAGUUUUGAUUUUGACAGAGUGGCUGGAUGAAACGUGGCAAUCAAGGUGCUGCUUGGUUUGCUCUGAGUGCAAAUGGAACCAACAGGUGUCUGCUGCAAUCUGUGUGUUCCCAGUGCCAGGUGACACCAGGAAGGGUAGGGCAGGGCUAACCAAGUUGUCUCUGAAUUCACUGAGCAUCUGCACUUAGUUGUGAAGUUAAUGGGAGUACGUAGAAUACCUGGCCUUGGAGAGGGCUGAGAGCCUCCUUUUUGGUUCUUCAUUCCUGAGCUCUUGCCUACCCACGAAUCUGACCUCUUUGAAUGGGGGCCCAGUCCUUCAUCAGACUGAAGAUAUGACAGAGAAGUUUCUAUUUAGCCCUAGAUCCAGCAGGAGUCAUCCAUUCUAACUGCCCUGAAGUCUAGAGCAGGGGAGGGAACCCAGAGGCUGGGGGAUGAGACUAGGCAGACCCUGGUUAUCAUAGGGACAAGGACAGGGAAAAGCACCCCCUUCCUCAGUUUUUGCGAGUCCUGUCUUUGGGUUCACAGGACUUUGAGGAUGGUGAAGAACGUAGUUACUAGCCUGUCGUUCCUGGUCCCAAGCUUCCACAGCCCUCAGAACCUGGCUUUUGUGGCUGCUCUGGCAGGUGCCGAGCAAAGGGAGAAGGGAGGAAGGCAGCUGCUCUGGUGGGGACUCUAGGCACCUUCCCUGCUGUCCACUUGGAUAGGUGGUGAGCCCCAGGAUACUGAGAGGAGCCUGAGCAUUCACCUGCCAUUAGUGUCUCUUCCUUCAGGAGACUGGCUUGAAAUGUGUGUGUGUGUGUACGCGCGCACGCACACACACAGAUGAGCACCUGUAUGUGUUAAUGAAUAGUUUUUCUUGGUUAAUAGUUUUUAACUUCUGUUCCUUUCCAUAAGUGGAUGAUUCAAAAUUAAUGUGACUUGGCCAGGUGCAGUGGGAUUACAGGAUCACACCUGUAAUCCCAGCACUUUGGGAGGCUGAGGUGAGCGGAUCACCUGAGGUCAGGAGUUCAAGACCAGCCUGUCCAGCAUGGUGAAACCCCAUUUCUAUUAAAUAUACAAAAAUUAGCCUGCCGUGGUGGCGGGCGCCUGUAAUCCCAGCUACUCAGGAUGCUGAGGCAGGAGAAUCGCUUGAACCUAGGAGUCAGAGGUUGCAGUGAGCUGAGAUCGUGCCACUGCACUCCAGCCUGGGCGACAGAGCGAGACUCCAUCUCAAAAAAAAAGAAAAAAGAAAAAAACAAGAUGAAUGUGACUGGAGUUAAAGGUGAAAUGUCAGGUUGUUUAGUCACUGAAUUCAGAGAGCUACAAGUGUUUGGUCUUUCCCAAGAAUCAAACCCGAGUAGAAAUACAUUUAAAAGAAAAAUCUACCACAUGGUACCUAUGAAUCCUAUAAUUUGUUUAGGGAGAUCUUGUCACUCAUCCCUGGUUCCUGCCCAUACAGUUUUGUCUCAUUCUUGCAGUUUGCUUGAAACAGGGCCAGAGCCCCACAUGAGACUGUCAGCAGGAGUGAGGAGUGGGCGCUGGCCCCAUCAGGGACCCAGCACAGCAACUGGGUUGUUCCCUGUUAGACUGGGUCAGGGCCAGGGGAGAAGCAGUCACCCCUGUGUAGAGGGUUCCCGCUGCGCUUCUGAGCAGUUGCUUUGUUCAGAAGUGUUAGGAGGGUCAGAUUGUGCCAUAAUUGUUAUUAAAGAGAAAACACGCCCACCUUCUUCUCUCCCCUGCUGGACAUUGUUCAUUGAGAGUUGUACUGAGCGCAGCCUUUGUGGAAGUCAGGGAGGUUGCCAAAGGCCUGUAGAUGCCUCCUGGCAGGGUCUUGAUUCCUGGUUUUCUAGCACCCAUUUGCAUUUUAGUCUUCAGCACAAAGCCUUGUUCCCUGUGUAAGGCUGGGGAGUGACUGUUGAGCAGUCUGCUGUCAGGAGAGAGGGCUGAAAAGGUGAUCAUCUUGGUGCUAAACAAGAGGCAACUGCCCUGUUUUUGUUUGUUCUGAGGCACAAUGAAACUUUAGCCAAACUCUGCAAGAGGGUCCCCUCUCCUGUCAUGGCCAGGUGAGCGACCAAACCGCGAAAACGGCAUACUCUAUCACUGAAGCCUUGGUAGAAUGGGAAUUCUUUACCCUGGGUAAAUGUUUUAACAAAAAAAUGAACCCAACUUUGGUUUGGACUGUGGUCGUGCCGAGGCAGGAGUGGGGUUUCCCUCUUGGGGCUGAAUCUCCAGGCCUCAUGAGGUCCCCUGUGGGGAUGCUGCUAUUUCUAAGAUGCAAAUUGCACAUUUCCUAGAUUUUGUAUCUGGAUUUGGAUAAAGGAGGGGAACAGGGACAAAUUGCUUGUACAAUUUGAAAUGGGCCUCAAUGGUACUUCGAACCUUUUGAUUAUUCCUAAAUAAAAACAUAAAUAUAUUUCA